GGGGAGGCUUGAUGACUAAGGUGGGUCGAAAUGAGUUUAGUCAGUCAGUGUUCCACCUGCACGUCAAUCGCGAUGUAUGCUUACCACGCCGUAUUUGUUCUCCAGCUCUUCUUCUGCUUUACAGAGGCAACAGGCAGCAGCAUCGUGGGCGGAAAGGUGUCCGAGCCUCAUUCGAAAGCUUACAUGGCAUCGCUGCAGGUCGACGGAUCUCACAGUUGUGGUGGGGUACUCAUCCGUAAAGACUUUGUUCUGACUGCGGCCCAUUGCAAAGUUGAGAAACUGACCGUCAUACUCGGAGCACACAAUAUAAGCCAGCGUGAGAAAAGCCAACAACGGAUCGAGGUGGCCAAAUUCCAUCCUCAUCCAAAAUACACUAAUCAGUACAGCAAUGACAUUAUGCUGCUUAAGUUGCAACAUAAUGCCCAACUGAACAAGUACGUCAAAGUAUUAGAACUGCCCAAGAAGAAGAAGAAUUUGCCGGCCAAUACGAUAUGUACUAUUGCUGGCUGGGGCCAAACUGUAAGCGGAUGUAAAAUGGGACUCGUAUCAAAUGUACUGAAGGAGGCCACCGAGAAGACACAAUUCAACUUUGAGUGCAAACAUAUUUGGAAGGACUACUUUCAGACGGAAGUCAUGAUCUGCACCAAGCAUGAUCAGAAGGGCGGCUUUUGUUGGGGGGAUUCUGGAGGACCCCUAAUCUGCAAGAAAAAGCUUGAAGGAAUAGUAGCCUACGCUGACCCUUACAACUGCAGUAAUCCCAGGUAUCCGCAUGUCUUUACCAAAGUACACUCCUUCCUUCCUUGGAUUGAGAAAGUGAUGCAGGGGAAAACUACAGCAUGAGCCCGCUGCAAUAUUUGACAUGUUGAGUCAAAUAUUGUUACUUGUUAUAUGGUUACUAGAUGGCAUGUCGACAUCGCUCUUAGUUCUUAGAAAAGAUGCCCAGCAGGUCAAAGAUCAUCCAUAACUUGUUUAUUUGCAUAAUCUAUAGUCGUCAAUCCUCCAAAAAGAUAACAGGGCAUGUCUUGAUUGUGCUUUACUUAUAUUUGUCAUCUGUUAUUCUUACUUUUCAAUCUGGCAUGAUUUUAAAUCAUUGAAAUAAAUAUGCAUUUUAAAGAUAAUUCUGCAUCCCUUUUAAAUGAAUCGACCUCAACAUAAUUGUAUAUAGGUAGUAU